AUGCAUUGUAACGGGACACAACAGCUCGGCUCCAGCGGGAGGAAGACGGGGCUAUGGCUGGAGGAGCUUGCGGCGCCCUACUUCAAGUUCAAGGAGGCCGGCUACAAGGUCAAGAUCACCAGCGUGAAGGGGGGGAAGGUCCCGCUGGACCCCCGGAGCCUUGAGGAAGACAGGAAGGGGCCCCACAGCAAGAAGUUCCUCGAGAGCGAUGAGACCAAGAACCUGCUCAACGACACCGAGUCGGUCAGAGACGUCAAGGACGUAUACGACAUCCUCUACCUGCCGGGCGGGCACGGCACCAUGUGGGACUUCACGACGGAGCCGGUGAAGGAGACGGUGAAGCGGCACUACAAGGCGGGCAAGGUGCUGUCGUCCGUCUGCCACGGCCCGGCGGGCUUCAUCAAGCCGGAGGACGACAAGGGGGAGCCCAUCGUCAAGGGCAAGAAGGUGACCAGCUUCAGCAACUCGGAGGAGAAGUCGAUUGGGGACAUCGACGCGGUGCCGUUCCUGCUAGAGGACGCGCUCAAGGAGAGGGGCGCGCUCUACCAAAAGGGGCCCGACUGGGGCUCCUUCGUGGUGGUCGACGAGCCGUUUGUGACGGGGCCCAAUCCGCAGAGCGCGGAGGAGGUCGGCGAAGCGACCGUCAAGCUUGCCGGCAAGUAG